UACAAUUGGAAUUGGUUGGAUGAAUCAAAAACAUGAAAAAUUCUAAUAUUUUUUGUUAAACAUGCACAGCAUACAUUUCAUAUAUGACAAACCAGUAACAAUCAGUCACACAUCAUAAGUAAAGAUGUGAGACGAAUAGUAGUUCAGCAAAUGUUAAUGUAACUUUAACCCUUUUCAUAUGAUUAGUUGUUGAAUAAUCAUCUGCUAAUUAAUUCCUGACAAAGUUUGGCCAACUGGCUGCAAUCUUAUUUCGCCAAAAUGGAAGUCUUUGGAGUUAACGAGGUGGGUAGAAAACGCGUCUGUGUGGUUGGAGCGGGUGCAGCAGGACUUGCAGCAAUUCGACACAUUGCAGCCAGUGAGACGCUCGAGGGGACCGUGUUCGAGAGUGCUGGAGAUAUCGGGGGAAUUUGGAGGGAUGACGGCCUCACUCCACUCUACAAAGGGCUCAAGACCAAUCUUCCAAAGCAAAUAAUGGGGUUCUUGGAUUUUUCCUUUGACACUGACAAUUCUGAGAAGAAUUCAUUUUUGAUGCACUAUGAAGUGCUCAAUUUUCUUACUGCAUUUACCGACAAAUUCUCUCUAAAGGAUUACAUUCACUUUAAUACAAAAGUUCUCCAUAUACGACCUGUGAAGAAAGUAGAUGCAAAAUGUACAGCCAAUAAAGAACUUCUUUGGGAAGUUACUUACGAACGUAGUUCUAAGAAAAAUAUCGAAUAUUUUGAUGCAGUCGCCAUUUGCAAUGGACACUUUAACACAUCAUUGAUUCCAGGCCCAAAGCAAUUGUAUGAAUUCAAAGGGAAACUAAUGUACAGCCGAGAGUACAGAAUUCCAGAACCAUUCACCGGUAAAAAUGUUCUUGUUUAUGGAUGUGGUCCAUCUGGAAUUGAUAUCAUGCUAGAAAUUGUAAACCUAGUGUCGCAGAUCACAUUCAGUUUUCGUCGACCCCCAUACACAGGAAAUCUGCCAGACAAAAUCUCACAGAAACCACCCAUAAAAGAUGUCCACGGGUACAGUGUGACCUUCCAAGAUGGAACCAUAUCAGAUUUUGAUGUCAUUCUUAUUUGCACUGGAUAUGAAUAUGAUCUGCCAUUUUUAACUCCCGAAGAGUCAUGCCUUCGAAUAGAAAAUGGGAAAUUCAUCUCUCCUCUGUAUCGACACAUGAUAAAUAUUUCCUAUCCAACUAUGGCUUUGAUAGGACUGCCGUUCAGGAAUUGUCCAUUUAUGCUCUUCGAUUGUCAGAUGCGCUACUUUGUAAAAUUACUUGAAGGGAAAGCAAGUCUACCCACGGAAGCGGUAAUGUUGGCAGAAUUGGAGGCUGAGAAGAAAUACCGCAUCGACAAGCAGAUUGGUUUUAGUAAAAGUCAUCAACUCGAAGAGCUUCAAUGGCCGUACAUGCGGUCCUUGGCGAAAGAUGGAAACUUUUCUCAUCUGCUUGCAGAUCUUCAAGUUAAACGAAAAAUAUAUGAAAAGGUGGCUCAAAGACGACAUGCGUUCCCUGCCUUAUACAAAAAUGAUGAAAUUGUGGUUCUUGAUAACGAGUCUUAUAGUUUCCUGGAAGCUGUGUGAGCAUAAUCCAAUAUUUACAAAAUUAAAUGAAUAGUUGAUUAGCAAAUUGUAUGCACCCAAAGCAGAUUUUUUGUAAAUAGUUUGAUUAGUCGCUGGA